GUUGUUAUGGGUAAUUUUGUAAUGUUAGUUUGGAAUUGAUAUAACGCUAUAAACAACAUUCAAUUAUAUUUAUAGUGAGAUUGAUAAUGUUAUUCAGCAAAAGCUAGAUAUGUAGUAUUUGACUUAAACAUGUGUAACAUGACCUUCUAUUGACAUAGAUAAGUGGGCCUAUCCCGCUAGGCCCAAUAUGUCGUAUAGCCCAACAGAAGUGAGACAUAAGCAGAAGCAAAGAAAAAAAAAAGGACAAGGAGAAAAAAAAAAAGAAGAGGUGAUGGUGAGUUCGUCGCCGAAGGAAAUGAAUCCGACACUGUACAAGCUGAUAGAAAUCGUCUUCGGAGCUGUUCUCUUUGGUGUCAGGAUCAGGUGCUGGGUUGGCAUUGUCUUUUCUGAGACAAGGCUUUAAACUACGACCUGCACAUGCACUCUCCAGCGUUGCUUCUUUCGCUGUUAUUCAAGCAACAAUGUAUAAGGUGAAGGAAACAAUCAAAUCGCGCAAUGCCCAAGACGCCCUUUACACAGAGGCAAGAGCUAUGCUAUCGAAGCUACGCCUCGAGGAUUACGAGAAGAACUUCAAGAAGGGACAUCUCACUGAUCCCACCUUGCCAUUGCUCACUGAUAGGGAGCUUCAAGAAGUUAACAUUCCACCAGGGGCAAGGCUUUUGAUACUUGAUCAUAUCAAGAGGUACCAUAAGAUGGAAAAUCGCGAGUGAGGAAAGCAGUAAUUAGACUCCCAACCUUUUUGUCUAUAUGGUGAUGGUGACUUUGAAUCUUGGAGGUGUAGUUCUGAGACCUAACCUUGCUAGUUUGUAAUAAUAACCUUAAGACUUAACCACAAAUGAAAUUCGAAGCCAAUAACAUAACUUUCUUCGCUGAAGUCUAAUGUUUGGUUAAGCAAAACAGUGUGUGGUGGCUUCAGGUGUAUUCAAGUGCAUGUGUGUAGAAAAUAUCAUAGGAUGCGUGUGUGCUAUUUAUAGUAAGAAUAAGAUUGUUGUGCUGAAUGA